AUGGCCCCUGCCAAACCUCGCCCUGCCGGAAGAGCUUCCGUCGCGAAGGUCCAAUCUCUACCGGACAAGACCUUCAUCAUUGACAAUGGCGCAUACACGAUGAAGGCCGGCUAUGCGCCCAACCAUUUGGCCCCAGAUGACCAAGCAGAUGAGCUCUCGGCUUGCUCGGAUAUCUCUAACGCGAUCGUCAAGACCCGUGGCAACAGGACUUUCGUCGGUUCGCAGCUCAACACACAUGUGACUGACUGGAAUGAGAUGUCGUUUCGCCGCCCCGUUGAGAAAGGAUACAUCGUGAACUGGGAGGCCCAGAAGGAGAUAUGGGAGCACUCUUUCUUUGACGAGAAAACCGUGCGGUCCAAGGAUCUUCGCAUCCACGACCCGGAAGAGACGACGCUGCUGCUGACGGAGGCGCCGAAUGCGUUGCCUAUGUUGCAGAAGAACGCAGACGAGAUUAUAAUGGAAGAAUGGGGCUUUGGGGGUUAUCUUAGAUGCGUUGGUCCCCCAUUGAAUGCCUGGAAUGACGUUCAGUCCCUAUUCGGGGACCCCAUCGUACAGGAAGCGGAUCCGAUUGCAACGCCUAGAGAAUGCCUAUUGGUGGUUGAUUCCGGCUACUCCCAUACCAUUGUAACCCCCGUUUACAAGGGGCAGCCGCUCCAACGUGCUAUUCGCAGACUUGACCUCGGUGGUAAACAUCUUACAAACUAUCUGAAGGAGAUAGUAUCGAUAAGGCAAUACAACAUGGUGGAUGAGACUUAUAUAAUGAACGAAGUCAAGGAGGCUGUCUGCUUCGUGAGCACCAACUUCGCUGGCGAUAUGGGGCAAACAUGGAAAGGCAACCGGAAACGCGGCCUGCCAGAUCUUAGUGAAGGUGUCAUGGUGGACUAUGUCCUCCCCGAUCCCAAUGCUGGCAAGAAGGGCUUCAUGCGACCGCACGACCCCCUGUUUAACGCCAAGAAGAGGAAAGGAGGCCUCUCCGGUGCCAGCGCUGAAGCGCUAUCCGAGGAUGCUUUGGUUUUGGGCAACGAGCGCUUUGCUGUUCCGGAGAUCCUGUUUACCCCAAGUGAUAUUGGCAUGAAGCAGGCCGGCAUACCGGACAUUAUCAUGCAAUGUCUUUCUGUGCUGCCUACCGGAUUGCAUCCCGCUUUCUUGGCCAAUGUAUUGGUGGUCGGUGGAAAUUCCUUACUGCCCGGAUUCGUGGAAAGACUGGAGACCGAACUACGCCAACUGGCUUCGGCAGAAUGUGCCGUACGGGUCAGAUGCCCUCAAGAUCCGAUUCGUUCGACCUGGUCGGGGGCGUCCCGAUUUGCUACGAACAAAGCCGAAAUGAGGAAGGUCGCAAUCACCCGGCAGGAGUACCAAGAGCACGGUUCAUCGUGGGCUGCUCGGAAGUUUGCUGGUGCACUCUGA